ACCUCAAUCUUCACUGCACUGCAUGCUUUUUGCAUGUUGUAUCUUAGAUUUGCUAGAUUUUUAACUCAUGUAAAUUUGGUACCUACAAUUUUAUUCUUAUAUAAAACGGUUAAUACAAGCGUGCGUUAAUGUUUUUUUUGUUUGUUUAAUAGUUCGAAAAAAUUAAAUGGCUCUAGUUUGUCUCCACAAGUGCUAAAUCUUUGUAACAUCCACCCUCUGACUUCACUCAAAUAUAGUAAUUUUGCCCAUCAAGUACAUCUGAUGAAUUUAAUGACCUAAAAUUAUUUCGAAAGUCCAAUUAAAUUUUUUCUUUUUGAUUAAAGCUGUGGGACGAAUCCCUUGUUUUGUGCAGCUUUUCAAUCAUCAUGAGCAGCUUCAGCAAUAUCGUGAAAGCCCCGCUGGAUAACACUGAGGAAUUAAUUAAUAAAUUUGGAUGGAUGAUAAGACCCUGUGACAGUUACAACCGUGAAUAUACAGAAUGUGCCGGUCUAAAGGCUCGUUUUUAUCAAUUGUUUAUCCACGGAGAAACGCAGGACUGUUUGCAUUGGAAAUCGAAUUACAGAGAUUGUAGCAAUUUCCAAGACAAAAAGGAUCCAGAGGCUGCUAAAAGACUUAUUCUCUUUGAACUGCAAAGGAGAGAGGCAAGAAUAAAAGCUCACUACGCUAAUGAUGUGUGGGAGCACAGGCUAGAGCCACCUCCACACUGGAAUGCACCGCUUCCAGAAUGGAUGGAGAAGAGAAAUAAGGAUUCAUACUUGGAGUACAAACGUAAACAGCUGCAAGAAAAUCCUAAUCAACUACAGAAAGAUAGAACUAAAUGGUGUAAAAUUAUGUAAAUUUUUAAGUUGUUGAUGUGUAAGAUUAGUGUUAAAAUUUUUAGAUGUGAAUAAGAACAUAAACUCAAAAAAAAGAAGGA